AUGUCCGUUGACUUGAAGAAAAGAAAAGUUGAAGAAGGCGUGAGAAGCGAAGGGAAAAAUUCUAAAGUUUUUUCUCCAUUCAGAAUUAUUGGUAAUGUUAGUAAUGGCAUUCCUUUUGCUACCGGUACAUUAGGUUCUACUUUUUACAUUGUAACAAGCGUGGGAAAAACAUUUCAAAUAUACGAUGCAAAUAGUUUACAUCUACUUUUUGUUUCUGAGAAAGAGACAUCAUCUUCAAUUGUAGCACUGUCGGCACAUUUUCACUACGUCUACGCAGCAUAUGAAAAUAAGAUUGGAAUUUACAAAAGGGGUAUCGAGGAACACUUAAUUGAGUUAGAAACUGACGCAAAUAUUCAGCACUUAUGCGUAUUUGGUGAUUAUCUUUGUGUUUCCACGGACAAAAAUUCCAUUUUUGUAUACAAGAAAUCUGAUCCACAGGAUAAAUAUCCGUCAAAAUUCUACACCAAGCUUGUGAUUACACAAAUUCAAGGCGGUGAAAUUGUAUCUUUACAACAUUUGGCAACUUAUUUGAAUAAAUUAAUUGUGGUUACCAAAUCCAAUGUGUUGCUUUUUAACGUCAGAACUGGGAAGCUUGUUUACACAUCAAACGAAUUUCCUGACAAAAUUACAAUCGCUGAGCCUGCACCGGUUCUAGAUAUUAUUGCUUUAGGUACUGUUACUGGCGAGGUUAUUAUGUUCAACAUGAGAAAGGGUAAAAGAGUCCGCACUAUUAAGGUUCCACAUUCAAGAGUUUCGUCAUUGAGCUUUAGAACCGAUGGUUCUUCUCAUUUAAGCGUAGGUACAAGUAGUGGUGAUUUAAUCUUUUAUGAUUUAGACCGCCGUUCAAGAAUACAUGUUCUAAAAAACAUCCACAGAGAAUCAUACGGUGGUGUCACUAAGGCUACUUUUUUAAAUGGUCAGCCUAUUAUUGUCACUUCUGGUGGUGACAACUCACUGAAGGAGUAUGUUUUCGAUCCAUCAUUAUCACAGGGAAACAGUGAUGUAGUUGUUCAACCACCAAGAUAUCUACGUUCCAGAGGGGGUCAUUCUCAGCCUCCUUCAUGUAUUGCGUUUGCUGAUUCCCAAUCACACUUCAUGCUUUCUGCAUCCAAAGAUAGAUCGCUUUGGGGCUUUUCUCUACGCAAAGAUGCACAAUCGCAAGAAAUGUCUCAAAGAUUACACAAGAAACAAGAUGGUGGUAGAGUAGGCGGCAGUACAAUCAAAUCUAAGUUCCCUGAAAUCAUAGCACUUGCAAUUGAAAAUGCUAGAAUAGGUGAAUGGGAAAACGUUGUCACUGCGCAUAAGGAUGAAAAAUUUGCAAGAACCUGGGAUAUGCGAAAUAAAAGGGUUGGUAGGUGGACCUUUGGUACCACUGAUGAUGGAUUUGUUAAGUCUGUAGCCAUCUCUCAAUGUGGAAAUUUUGGAUUUGUCGGCUCCUCGAAUGGUUCCAUCACCAUUUAUAAUAUGCAAAGUGGUAUAAUCCGUAAAAAAUACAAAUUACACAAAAGGGCAGUUACUGGUAUAUCCCUAGAUGGUAUGAACCGUAAAAUGGUCUCAUGUGGGCUAGAUGGUAUUGUUGGCUUUUAUGAUUUCAACAAGUCAACUUUGUUAGGUAAAUUAAAAUUGGAUGCUCCUAUUACCUCAAUGGUUUAUCAUCGUUCUUCUGAUCUAUUUGCUUUGGCUUUAGACGACUUAUCAAUAGUGGUUAUUGACGCCGUUACUCAAAGGAUUGUUCGUCAGUUAUGGGGGCAUAGUAAUAGGAUUACUUCUUUUGAUUUUUCACCUGAAGGCCGUUGGAUUGUUUCUGCUUCUUUAGAUUCCACCAUUAGAACGUGGGAUCUUCCAACGGGAGGAUGUAUUGAUGGUAUCAUAGUAGACAAUGUUGUCACAAAUGUAAAAUUCUCUCCAAAUGGUGAUUUGCUUGCCACUACACAUGUUACCGGUAAUGGGAUAUGUAUCUGGACCAACAGGGCUCAAUUCAAGGCAAUCUCGACCAGAACUAUUGAUGAGUCGGAUUUUGCAAGGAUGGCGUUACCGAGUGCAUCUGUGAAGGGAAACGACUCAAUGUUGUCAGGAGCUUUAGAAAGAAAUGAUGCAGAAGACCUAAAUGACAUUGACUUUACCACCUAUACAUCAUUGAAACAGAUUGAUAAGGAGUUGUUGACAUUAUCUAUAGGACCGAGAAGCAAGAUGAACACAUUGCUACAUUUAGAUGUUAUCAGAAAACGCUCCAAGCCAAAGGAAGCUCCAAAGAGGGCAGAAAAGCUUCCGUUUUUUCUACAACUAUCUGGAGAAAAGGUUGGAGAUGAUGCCUCUGGAAGGGAAGGUAUAGCUCACGAAACACCAGAGGAAAUUCAUCGUAGAGAUCAAGAAACUCAAAAGAAGUUAGAGGCGGAAGAACAGAUAAACAAAUUCAAAGCCACUGGAAGAUUAGGUUUUGAAUCGCAUUUUACAAAGCUAUUACGAGAAGGUGCAGAAUCGAAGGACUAUUCCCUGCUUUUAGCCGCCCUAAUAAAUCUUUCACCCGCAGCAGUGGACUUGGAGAUCAGAUCACUAAAUUCUUUUGAGCCAUUCGAUGAAAUUGUAUGGUUCAUUGAUGCGUUAACGCAAGGGUUGAAAAGUAAUAAGAAUUUCGAGCUUUACGAGACGUUUAUGAGCUUAUUGUUCAAGGCACACGGUGACGUUAUUCAUGCUAAUAACACGAAUCAAGAGAUCGCUGGUGCUCUUCAAAAUUGGGAGAAUGUACAUAAGAAUGAAGACAGAUUGGAUGAUCUAGUUAAGUUUUGUAUGGGGGUAGUAAAUUUUGUGACUACCGCCUAA